UUUGACGUAAACUUGACAUUUUCGUAGCCAGCCAUGUUGUACUUUACGUCUUGUAAUUUUUCGAUGUUAGUUUUGUGAGAUUUGCUUUAUAUUUUACAAAAUAUUGAAUUAAUGUUAUUAAUUGUGGUGCAUCUAAAUCUUAAAAGUGCAACAUAGAGUUUGUUGCGUGACAAAGCCACGAGAUUAGGGUCACGAUAGCAAAGAAAACAUUACAAAAUGGCCAAGAAAAAGGUAAAAUCUAAAGCGAAACAACCGCCUAAGUCAUCAAUUCCUGAGAAUAUAACUUCAAAAGUACUAGCCGAAACGUACAGUACACCAUCUCCACCAGUUUUUAUGAAAGUGUGCCGACUGUGUGAAAGUAAAGAUGGACCUUUUUUGAAUAUUUUUGAUGCUGACAAAGUCACUGCUAAAAAGAUUGAGGAACUAAUGCCUUUUGGGAUUGCAGAAAAUGAUGAUCUCCCACACAAAAUAUGUUUCCGUUGCUCAGCAAAAUUAGAAGAACUCUAUGAAUUUAUACAAAAAUGUAUUAAAACACAAGAAAAUUUACGGACAGAAUUGGGUAAGACAGGUCCAUUCAUUACUAAAGCCAAAACGGUAAAAGUAUGGGAAGAAAAGUUAAAUAAAAACAAUAUGAGUAAUGAUGAUAUCUGUGAUGCUUUAAUAAAAAAAGCCAUGGAGGGUAUUAAAAAUCUACCUGCUAGUUCAUCUGUAGAAGAAGCACCAGUUCCACCGGUUAAACGAGUUACCCGAAGAACUGAAACAGCUGCAGUCAAAACUGAAACAGUUUCAGACAAUGAAGAUGGUAACAUUAGUCUUAAAGAUGUUAAGUCAGAAAUGCUGAAGAAUAGAGAUAAAGUACCUGCUAGUAAACCAGGUAAAACUGUUAGUAAUAAUGUAGAACCAAUAAUGCCUGGUAGUGUUAAAAAUUCCCAAAAGGAAGAAACUCAGCCUGGUAAUAAAUCCAAGAACAAUGCUCUGGUAAAUAACUUUAGUUUUGAUUAUGUAGAAGACAAACCGCGAAGUGACAAUGUUGAGAAAAAACCCAACAAGCCAGCGGAAAAACCAUUUAAUAUUAUGGAUUACAUCAGCAUGAUUAAAGUGAAUGGAGUAGGUGUAUUAUUUCAGUGUAAGUUGUGCAACAGAAACUUUUUAAAAAAAGAAGUAGUGGAAUCUCAUCUUUGUGCUAAAAAUGGAGUACCUAAAGUGGAAACUCCUAAAACAGUGCCCGUGCAAGAAGCACCUAAAGGCCCAACAGUUAAAUACAUUACACUUGACAAUACAGCAAAAAAAUCACAGCCAUGGAAGUACAAUGAAAAUAGCAAUGGUUCUAGUACAGAUAGUGAGAAGUCGAGUGGAGAGGAGAACAAACAACAAGAGCAAAAAGUUCAAUCUGCUCCAAUAGCAAAACCUAAGCCUAGAGCUGGACCUGCUAGCAAAACGAGACGUGUGGAAAAUGAUAACGCUCAUCCAGGGCCAUCACAUAAUUCUGAUACUCAACCACAAACAAAUGUUCAAUCACCUUCAGUACACAUACCUAGCGCACCAAACUUGAAUGGACGUUUCAAAUUGGUGCCCGGUCCAAACAACAUGUUUACCUUAGUAGAAGAUACAACAGCUCCAGUAGUAGAAAAUCAUAAGAGUAAAAAGCGUAAAGCUGAAACAGAAUCAGAAGUAAGAACGAAGGAGCAUAAGAGAGAUCAUAAGUCAAAUAGCCCAGAUGUAACUAAUGUAGAAGAAAAAUCAACACCAUACCCUGUUGGAUUAUUCCAAACGGUUGCCCAUUCUGCUCAAAUGUACCAACAACCAAUGGCUACUCCUACAACUGCAUUUACGACACCAGCCAUGAAAAAGCAAUCUUACACAAUAGUCCAAACCGGAAAUCCCAGUAAACUGCUAAUAUCAACGAAAGCUCUAGCCCCACCUAUUGAAGUACCGAAAAAACGUGUAAAAAAAUCGAAACCUGAAGUCCGAGAGGAUGAUGAACCCAAAGAACCAUUUAAAGUAACAUUAGAAGAUGUUGCUCCACCGAAAGAUGCUGGCUUCUUCACAUUUAUCAAUGUUGACCCAUUGUUACAACCUUCAUAUGUUUUACCCACUGAUAAUAUAAUUCAAGAAUCACAAAUUUCAACUUCUUCAGCUGUACAAAAUGCCUCAGAAAAUGUGAGAGACAGCAAAGACAAAGAUAAGUACUCGUGUAAUAUGUGUGGAGAUAGUUUUACAAGGGAGAAGAAGUUAUUAGCUCAUAUACAGUCACAUUAUUCGAAGAUGGAUGAAGAAGACCAGUUAAGGGCUGAAAAGGGGCCUAAGAAAAAGGGUAGGAAAUAGUACCGGCUUUGUUGAGGACAGUGAGAAUUGUCGAUUGUUAUUAUGUGAAAGUGUUGGUACUCAGCCAUUUAUGGAUUAAAUGAAAGUGAACUGGGCGCCAUUGUUGAUGGAGUUCUAAGAUGUCAUCUGGGUAACAAAGACUACAUUACUAUGUUGGCAAAAAACUGACUACAUCUUGAUAAAGUUAAGCUAGCAAUAAAUGUAGUACUGUAUUUUUUAAUAUUAAAAAUAUUGGUUAUUCUUCUUGGAAACUAUUUACUGUGUGAAUAAGUUAUAGCAAUGUCAAUAAUUUUAUUAUUGCUUUGUUAAAUAAAAUACAGAAAAGUUGAAGAAGGAUUUUGUUAUCAAAGAUUAUAUUUUAUGCUAGUGUUGCCAGAACUAAAAAGUCUGGUUGAAAAAACUAUUGACAAUGCAACUUUUAUAGCUGCACAGAUUAUAAGUUAUUGUUUAGCCUUAAAUGUUAUUAAUAUUUAGGCAUUUAAUUAUUAUAUUGUUAAUAAUUAUCAAUGUAUGACAGGUCUAUAUGCUGCCAAGUUGGGUAGUUUAGAUUCUUAAAGUAAUUGUUAAUUUGUCUCAAGAUACUGAAGUAUCAUUCCAUUCUGUACAAUUUGUAUGGUGUUACAUUUAUUUAGGUAUUUUUAUAUUACUUGCAUUAAGUUUAUGAAAACAUUUGUCACCACCUAGUUUUUUACACAGAAGAGACGACUAAGGAACCAUACCCUUAGUAUAAGUUUCCUUUACGUUGAACGAGAUCGUAACGAGAGCACGUUCGGCGCUCUGAUUGGCUGGUUUAUUCGAGCGGGCCACGUAAAGGAAACUCAUACUAAGGGUACUGUGCAUUAGGGUAGCAGCACUCUGAUAUAUAGGAACCUUUUAAACUGACUGUUAGCCCUGCCAUUUGAAGAGAUUUUGGUACACCUUCUUAUUUGAAAAAAAAAAGUGUAUUUAGUGUGCAUCACUAAUUGGAUUCAUAGUGUAAAAUAGUCUUUGUUAUAUUUGUCCAACUUACAAAGAUGCAUGUUUCAUUAUAACUUUCGUGAAACAUACUUAAUUAAUUAUUAUGUUAUCGGCUUACUCACGUAACGGUUUUACGAGGAACUCGACUAGUUUCAAGCCAUGCUAUAUGCGAGUUCCUCGUCAAACCGUUAUGUGAGUAAGCCGAUAACAUAUUGAUUAAAAUGCAUGUUUGGUGUAUUAUGUUGUUUAACCAUUUAAUUCUUUUAAGUUUUUGUUUUUAGAAGCUUUAAUUUCUUUUCCUUUGUGUAUAAAUUUUUAUGUUUAAGUGAAACAGUAAUUAAAACUUGUGAUUUAUCAAGCAUUACUUAAAAUAAGUA